AUGUCUACCUAUGAUCAAAUCGAAAUCGAAGAUAUGACUUUCCAUCCAGAGUCUCAACUAUUCACAUAUCCAUGUCCAUGUGGUGAUCGUUUUGAAAUCCUUAUUGAUGACAUGUUUGAUGGAGAAAAGAUUGCUGUCUGCCCAAGUUGUUCGCUGAUGAUAGAUGUCAUCUUUGAACCUGAAGACUUGGAAGAAUAUUACACUGAAGCAGGGAUUACUCCACCCCAACCAUUACCUGUCUCAUAA